UGCGCAGUAGUCUAAAAAAUAUAUAACUGAGAUGAAAACAAAAAAUUCCGUCGCGAAGUUGAAUGUCAGUAAUCUAUUUCCAUUAUUUUAAUUCACCAAAUUUCAGUGUAGAGAGUAUCUUACUCUUGAGUUACUAUUUAAAUUCUUCUUAGUGAGGAAAGUGACUCAACAACUGAUUAUUGACAAACAUAAGUUCAGUUGCUCAUUUCUCUGAAAACACAACUACCUUGUCCACAUUCCACUUGAAAAUGGCUACUGGUGAAUAUGAAUAUGGAAGUAGUCUAAUAAAAGAGGAAGUGGAAUCUGCUGGCGAUGUAAACAAUACCAACUCUGAUGAAAAAUGUGAUGCACUUGAAAUUGGUAUCUUGAAGAAAGAAUUUGAACCAGAAUACAUUAAAUAUGAAGAUAUUGAUAUGGUUCACAAUCUGAAAUCUAGAGAGUGUCUGGAAGAAGUAAAGGAAAGAUUACUUUGUGAAGUGUGUGGAGGUUUGCUUUGUGCAAAUGAUAUCUUCGGCCCUGAUAGUGCGGAAUCCUGUGACUGUCAACGCCAGAAUGAGUCUAAUGUUAUACAAGAUGAACAUAUGUCUUGGGAUUUUAAACCACUUAGCUUUGGUUCAGAUUCUGGAAACUUUCAUUUCAAAAUUCCCGAAGAAACAUUGGUGGUGAAAGAAGAGGUGGCAAACAAUGAAAAUGUUCCAUCAAUGUCAUAUGAAAAAGAAAGUUUUAUUGAGAGUGUUCAUGCUGUCAAUCACGAAAUGCUACUCAAAACUGAGGAGGUUGAUAAAACAUUCAAAUCAGAGUACCAUUUGAAUUCAGUGGGGCAGAGGAUUCAAGAAGAAAAUUUAAUGUGCUCAGAUAAUAUGAAUGAAACAACUAAUAUUGAAAACAGACCUACAAGGAAGAUCUUCUUUUCUUGCACAGUGUGCACAAAAUCAUUCAGUCAAAAUUGUGAUUUGAAAAGACAUGAAAAAAUUCAUACUGGUGAAAAACCUUUUCAGUGUGAAGUCUGCUUUAAAUCAUUCAUUCAGAGAAGCACCUUGAAAUUGCACAAAAAAAUUCAUACCGGUGAAAAACCAUUCAAGUGUAAAACUUGCUCAAAGUCAUUCGUUCAAAGAAGUAACUUGAAAUUCCAUGAAAAAAUUCAUAGUGGCGAGAAACCAUUCCAAUGUAAAAUCUGCUUUAAAUCAUACAUUCAAAGAAGUCACUUGAAAAUGCACGAAAACGUUCAUACUGGUGAAAAACCAUUUCAGUGUGAAAUCUGCUCUAAAUCAUUCAAUCAGAGAAGCACCUUAAAAUUGCACGAAAAAAUUCAUACUGGCGAAAAACCAUUUCAGUGUGAAAUUUGCUCCAAGUUUUUCACUUGCAAAGGUAGUUUGAAGUUACAUGAAAAAAUUCAUACUGGCGAAAAACCGUAUCAGUGUGAAAUCUGCUCUAAAUCUUUUAUUCAGAAAAUUCAUUUGAAAUUACAUGAAAAAAGUCAUAGUGGCGAAAAACCAUAUCAGUGUGAAAUCUGUUCUAAAUCAUUCUUUCAAAGUAAUAAUUUGAAAAAACAUGAAAUGAUCCAUACUUGCGAAAAACCAUUUCAGUGUAUGAACUGCUCUAAGACCUUCACUAGCAAAGUUAGUUUGAAAUUACAUGAAACAAUUCAUACUGGCGAAAAACCAUAUCAGUGUGAAAUCUGCUCUAAAUCUUUUACCCAGAAAAUUCAUUUGAAAUUGCAUGAAAAACACCAUACUGGUGAGAAACCAUUUCAGUGCAAAAUCUGUUCCAAAUCUUUCAUUCAAGCUAGUGAUUUCAAAAGACAUGAAAAAAUUCAUACUGGCGAAAAACCAUUUCAGUGUGAACUCUGUCCCAAAUCAUUCAUUCAAGGGGGUGAUUUGAAAAGACAUGAAAAAAUUCAUACUGGUGAAAAACCGUUUCAGUGUGAAACCUGCUCCAAAUCUUUUACCCAGAAAAGUUAUUUGAAAUUGCACGAAAAAAUUCAUACUGGCGAUAAACCAUUCAAGUGUCAAAUCUGCCCCAAAUCAUACAUUCAAAGAGGUGAUUUGAAAAGACAUGAAACAAUACAUAUUGGCCAAAAACCAGUUCAUCUUAAAUUAUGAGUGUGACACUAAAAUGAGCAGUAUUAAAAAAAAAGAAACAACCCAUAAAUACUGUUGUCUCUGGUACAUUUACCAAAUUAACAAUUCAGUUAUUUUGAGGCUUUGUAGGUAGAUGUGGAAUCUUUGGCAAUCCGUGUGUCGCUGAUGAUGUUAACUUUGUUAUCGAAACGCCCGUCGGAAGACAAUAUUUUUACUUUCGUGUGGGAAAAGUUUUGUCAAUUGAUGUAUAUGAGGUUGUAGAUAUAGUAACUUCAUUCAAAAACAAAAAUUAAAAGGGUGAAAUAUAUUGAAGUUUAUUGCAUGUUGCAUCAUCUCACAACUUAUAUUUAAUAUCUUUUCAAAGCCAAAUAUUUUCAGAACCUGGAAAAGUUACAGUUGUAUUCCCUCCUCACAAUGUUGAAAAAUUCGAAAUACUAACUUCAAGUCGACAUACGCAGAGAAAACGCAAUGCUUUAUUCAUCAAUUAAUGAAUUUGAAAUGAGUCGUUUUAUUUAAAUGAAUGAUGAAACAUUGUAUAGGGAAUGAACUAUGCUUGAAUACAUAAUGGUUUUGAAUGUCAUCCAAAAGCGGCACUUUGUUUUUCCUUUUAUAAUGUGUAUAAAUCGGGCCUUUUUAGGAAAUCUAUUUAGGCUAAAAAUAAGAGUUGUUCAAGAUCAAAAUGUGUUAAUAUUUUACGGUGAUAAUUUGUUAUGUAUCUUGAGUAUAUGUAAUUUCAUGUUACAAUCAUUUCAUGUCUGUUACAUUAGUAAAUAAAUAUAUUCUAUUGA